AUGGACUCAAGACGCGACGAUGUGUCCUCAAUCUACACAGGUGCAUCUACAAUGAGCUACGGCGAAGUAGUGGACCGCGAUCUCCCCCCAGUUCCUACACAGGCCCAGCUGUCGGAUGUAGAGGCCUGCCCUCAGCGCACGCUCGAGGACGUCCGCGAACAGGCAGCCCAGAGCGUCGCCGUCCGCGCUAUUCGCAAAUCAGAGCUCGUCGACGACAGCAAAGUCGGAGUCGUUAUCACGCUAUCGCACACAUCUGAUGAGCGCUUCCUCGGCCUCGUCGCCUCCGCUAUCAAGCAUGCGCUCCGCACCAAAUCGUACUUGUUCGCCCUAACCGCACCCAGUGCCACCCCACAGAGCGAGAGCCCGCUACUCCUCAGCAGCUCUUCCGACGAAGCCGUCCAGCGUGCGGGCCUGCUCGUCUGCUCCAAAUUCCUCAGCCGCGUCGUGCGCGCAAACAUCUACGGAGGGCCAGGCCGCUGGAUUGGUUCUGUGCGCGACAUCGGGUCAUCUUCAUAUGACGAUGCGGCGCUGUGGGACGUCGUGCGCAAAGCUGCGCGCAGACCGAUUGAUCCCUUGAUUCCUCCACCGUCCUCUCGCAGCGUCGACCAGCUGCUCAGCCAUGCACGAGCGCGCCUCCAGCGAAUCACGCCGCAGCAGGCGUACGAAGAGCUGCACGACACAGCUUCCCUAUGGCCUGUCGUCCUUGUCGAUAUCCGACCCGAGGCGCAGCGUAUCGCCGAGGGAGGUAUCCACGGAUCGCUCCUUAUCGAGCGCAACGUGCUGGAGUGGCGCUUCGAUCCACGGUGUGCCCACAGGUUGGCCGUCGCAGAUCGGUACGAUCUGCGCGUCAUCAUAUUUUGCCAGGAGGGAUAUGCAUCGUCGCUCGCUGCGGCGUCGUUGCACGACCUUGGGAUGUUGACUGCCACGGAUAUUAUCGGUGGAUAUGCUGCGUGGAGGGCAGCUGGGUUGCCUUCUGAGGUGGAGAUCGUUCCAAUUUCUCGCGAUUCGCCGUCAAUUGAACCCGAUCAGGAUUACUAG